AGUGGGGAGACAAACGCACGAGCGAGCAGGAGGAGCAGCAGCACAAGGCGCACACGGCACAAACAAGGAAGCUGGUGGUGAAUCGUGAGCGACUGUGAGAGUGCGUUAGAGGUGUAGUGAGUCACCUGCGAUCGUAAGCGGAGGUCUAACAAGACGGGCAAGAGGAUAUAGAAUAAGCUAAAGGAAAGGACGUUUCGUCGGCUCUGGUAAAACGGUGUGGUUUGACUCACCCGUCGGAGCCAUGAGUUAUCAAAUGUCGUCUAAUCAAUCCAGACCAAUGUCACAGGGAAAUUACCAAGGUCCCGGUGACAUUCCAAUGGGGUCUGCAAAGGAGCAGCAGACUCUCAUUUGGCAUCAAAGCUCAUACAUGGGCGAUUCGGGUAUUCACUCCGGUGUAACGACCCAAGCCCCAUCUCUGACGGGUAAAGAUGACGACGAGAUGGAGGGCGAUCAACUCAUGUUUGAUCUCGAUCAAGGCUUUGCCCAGGGUUUUACACCUGACCAAGUUGAUGAGAUGAAUCAACAAUUGAGCCACACGCGGUCCCAGCGCGUCCGGGCGGCGAUGUUCCCGGAGACACUGGAGGAAGGAAUAGAGAUCCCUUCGACGCAGUUCGAUCCGGCGCAGCCGACGGCGGUCCAGCGAUUGGCAGAGCCGAGUCAAAUGUUGAAGCACGCGGUUGUGAAUCUGAUUAAUUAUCAGGACGACGCCGAUUUAGCGACGCGAGCGAUACCAGAGUUGAUAAAGUUGCUGAACGACGAGGAUCAGGUCGUCGUUUCUCAGGCCGCGAUGAUGGUCCAUCAACUAUCGAAGAAAGAAGCCUCCCGCCACGCGAUCAUGAACAGUUCCCAAAUGGUUCUAGCCCUCGUCCGAGCAAUUUCGAACAGCGAAGACCUCGAAUCGACCAAAGCCGCGGUUGGAACUUUGCACAAUUUGUCACAUCAUCGCCAAGGACUGUUGGCCAUUUUCAAAAGCGGCGGCAUCCCCGCUCUCGUCAAACUACUCAGCUCACCCGUCGAGUCCGUUCUCUUUUACGCCAUCACCACCCUUCACAAUCUCCUUCUUCAUCAAGACGGAUCGAAAAUGGCUGUACGUCUCGCCGGAGGCUUACAAAAAAUGGUCGCUCUCCUACAACGCAACAACGUCAAAUUUCUCGCUAUCGUUACUGACUGCCUACAAAUUCUCGCUUUCGGCAAUCAAGAAUCUAAACUCAUCAUCCUCGCAUCUCAAGGACCCAACGAACUCGUACGCAUCAUGCGUUCCUACGACUACGAGAAGUUACUUUGGACCACUUCUCGUGUUCUGAAAGUACUUUCGGUUUGCUCGAGCAACAAGCCAGCAAUCGUCGAGGCCGGUGGAAUGCAAGCGUUAGCAAUGCAUUUGGGAAAUCAGAGUCAGAGGCUUGUGCAGAAUUGUUUGUGGACAAUGCGUAAUCUCUCUGACGCGGGUACUAAAGUCGACGGACUCGAAGGCCUUCUUCAAGGACUCGUGCAAGUUCUCGCUUCUGGUGACGUCAACGUCGUCACGUGCGCUGCUGGAAUAUUGUCCAAUUUGACUUGUAAUAACCAGCGCAACAAGGUCACCGUUUGCCAAGUCGGUGGUGUCGAGGCACUCGUUCGCACAAUUGUGAACGCAGGCGAUCGGGAAGAAAUCACAGAACCUGCUGUUUGCGCGUUACGUCAUUUGACGUCUCGUCACGUUGACGCAGAAGUCGCUCAGAAUUCGGUACGCGAAAAUUACGGAAUACAGGUGAUAGUGAAACUGCUUCAUCCUCCAUCCCGUUGGCCUCUCGUCAAAGCUGUUAUCGGCCUCAUUCGCAACUUGGCCCCGUGUCCAGCAAAUCAUGCACCUUUACGCGAAUUCGGAGCUAUUCACCAUCUCGUCAGACUCCUCACACGAGCUUUCCAAGAUACACAACGGCAACGUUCAUCGGUCGCGAGCACCGGAAGUCAACAGACCGUUGGUGCAUACGCGGAUGGCGUACGCAUGGAAGAAAUAGUCGAAGGAACGGUUGGAGCUCUUCACUAUCUUGCUCGUGAAUCCCACAAUAGAGCAAUAAUACGUUCACAAAACGUUAUUCCGAUUUUCGUUCAGUUGUUAUUCAACGAGAUCGAGAACAUUCAGCGCGUGGCAGCGGGAGUCCUUUGCGAAUUAGCAGCGGACAAAGAAAGCGCCGAAAUAAUAGAGCAGGAAGGUGCAACAGCGCCGUUAACCGAGCUUUUGCAUUCGAGAAACGAGGGUGUCGCGACCUACGCGGCUGCUGUAUUAUUCCGCAUGAGCGAGGACAAACCAGGCGAUUAUAAAAAACGCCUCUCCAUGGAACUUACCAGUUCUCUCUCACGCGAGGAUCCCAACAUGUGGAACAAUCCUGAAUUUGGAAUCGUUCCCGAUUUGCAGGAUAUGCUCGGACCUGAUCAGGGCUAUGACGGUAUGUAUGGACAAGGACCUCCUAGCGUUCACAGCAGUCAUGGAGGCCGCGGCUACCAGCCUCAAGGUUAUGACCAGAUACCAAUAGACUCGAUGCAAGGAUUAGAGAUAGGCGGUGGCUCAACUUACGGUGCAAUUGACGCAAUGGAUGUGGCUCACGAGGGUGAUCUGAGUUUCGAUCAUUUGGAGGAGCUUCCGGCUCCGCCGCAGGACAACAAUCAAGUAGCCGCUUGGUACGACACCGAUCUAUAGAUCGAUGAAUGUUCCACGAAGCAUAAAAACAAAAAAAAAUCACAAUUUUCAACGAUCAGCAAAAACGAACGGGAGAAAGGAACACGAGAUUUCGGUCGAUAUAAUUUUUUUAGCGCGAACCAACUUUGUCACGGCUCCUUUAUUGCGUCGUUAUGUUAUUAAUUUUCUCUCUUCCACUCUUGAGAUAAUUUCACCCAAAAUUCAGGCGACAUCGCUUUGCCAAUCAAAAAAUAAUAUCAAAAUGAGGUCGUAAGAAGAAACAAAUUUUCGUGCACGUCGAGAAACCUUUAUUUUUUCGUUAAUCAAUGAGAAAUUUGCAUUCUGUCCAUUUUCCGAGCCAUUUACCAGUGAAUGAACGCGCGACUGAACGUUUUUAAUGAUUUUUUUAAAAUCAAAUUUAUAUAUGCAUUUAUAUAUUCACAUAUUUUUUCCUUUUUUUGUACGAUUUUUGUUGAGCAAGUUUGGGAAAAUUAUCCCAAGAAGCCCGAACUUGACGAAAAAAUGUGGCUGUCUAUCACUUCCCAAUCACCAUUGCUACAGGAAGUGUAAUUUCAAAAAGCCCGAAAGGGAGAGAGAGAGAGAGUUCGAAAGAUAGGCCCUAUUUGUCUUUUAGUGAUAAAACAUGUAUUCGCUUAUAUUAUACGUAUACCUCUUAUCGAUACUAUAACUAUAGAGUAUUUGUAACCGCGCGAGAGAACCGUCGAUUUAUUAUUCGCCAUUGUUUGGCAUUUAUGAGCGAAAAAAAUUAAAAGAAAAUCUUGAAAAAAAAAUAACGAAAAAGAGGCAAAAAAAGAUUAUUUCAAAGAUUGAAGAAAAAUCGUGGGUUUUCCCAUAUCGACGCAUUUAUACGAAGACGGACAUUUAAUUUUUGACAUAUACAAAUAUAUAUAUAUAUAUAUUUUCUUUUAAUUUCGAAACGUCUUGAACGUAUGUUGAAAGAUCGAUUUUGUACCUUAACUUUUUUUUACAUAAUUUCUGAAUUGUUAUCUGCGUCGCGCUGAGACGCAAUACUAACUUUAGAUAUAAAAGAAAAAAGAAAAAAAAACGAAGAUGAUGAAAAGUAGAAGAGAAAAUGGAGAGAAAGUGGAAAAUGGCAGGGUGAGAUGAUGCGAAUGCACAGGCAGCGUUGAAUAUUUAGUAAUAACUAUUUCAGUAUUUUAUUUAAUAUUAUCGUUCGGAUCAUGUGUGUGUGUACACCUGUCAUUAGUUCGUCAUCUCGAAACCACCAGCAAACGAAAAGAAAAAAUGUUUUAUAAACUAAUGCCGAAAGUCGCUGACAAAUAACACUGCAAACGAAGGAAAAGGAUGCUCACGUGGCAAGAGAACAACAAACUGAAAGAAGAAGAAUCAUGAGAAUUUUUUAAUUAGCGUUUACGUAAUGGAAAGUAAAUGAACAAAAAAGGAAAGAAAGAAAAUCGGAAUAAGGAUAUUGUUACAUUCUCGUAUUGCUUUAGGGACCACUUAUAUUUUAUUAAACGACGCGACAACGGAAAAACAACGUUUAAUUGGUUGAAUAAAAUGGUCUGCACGGCAAACUCAAGCACAGCGGGGAGACGCUCGAAGGGAAAAGGGAUAUUCCGAGAGAAGCCUUUUUCGUGCCUUCCACGUCGGCUGCUGAUUUUAUUUUGUGUGUUUUUAUUCUUUUCCACUUUAUGCGUUCAACGUUUGUUUUUUUCACUGAAAAAACGUGCCAAACCGUGGCCGAAAAAUCCAUUUGUAGCAACAGGCGACAAACUUAUUCACAGGGUGUCCUCAAAGUCUCGUCUGAUAUUCACAGGCUCGAAUAAUCAUGAAAUUAUUAAACGUCUCGCGACAUUUUUAUCUGAGAUUGGAACAGGUGACAAGAUUUUAAUGAAAUAGUAAGAAACGAUUGAUCAAGUCGCAAAUGGUUUUUCUAUUCCGUAAAUAUCAGAUGUCACUUUUCGGACAGCCCCGAAAAUAUGUUUUCUAAAUAAUACAUAAAAAAAUUCAAUCUACCCGUCAAAUUUGCUUCCCCGUGUGAAAAAAGAAGCAGAAAAAAAACGAUACCCACUCGUAGUUGGCCGAGCGAAACAUAUCUAGGUACGAGAAACAUCCUCGUCGUGAGAAACGAAACGUAGAUUAACUGCAAUUGCCCGUAUCGAUGAAACACACAGCCCUGAAAAAGUCUGAGGGAUCAUUUCGAGCGUAAAUCGUUUCCUAGGAUCGAAAACAAUCAUUGAAUAACACAAAACUCGUACGAUCUUCGAAGAGACCCUCGAAAUCACGAUUCUUGUCCACAUCGAGUCGCAUCGAAAUCUAAUAAUAUUUCGAAGCAGAUAACCGAUUGGAUAAAACGAUCUGAGAGGAGAGGCGUCGUUUAAACGUCGUCGUAAAUUCAUUACUACUAUUAACUCUGUACUCGAGUCACGCUCUAUGUGUGAAUACUAGAAAAUAAGUCCCCAUUAUUACAAUAUCAUAUUGUAUCAUUUUCAAUUUAGGCGAAGAAAACACUAAAAUAUUCAUUUCGACUAACUCGAAUUAUAUGACAUGACUAAAUGUGAAAACAACAUGAAAAAAUCAACAACGAAUGCCGAGGUGUAAUGCAAAGUACGAAGCAAAAAGAAAAUUUUACAUUCAAGGAUAACAAUAAUUUUUAAAUCAACGUCUAUAGCCUUGAGAAUUUUCGUAUUUCGUGAAUGAAGAAUUGGCCUCUUUUUUUUUUUUUUUUUAGUGGCACGAUUAUCGAUUUGGCUAUCAAACCAACAGCGAAUCGUCGACGAAUAAAGGAAACAAAAAAAAGGCUACAACAAUUUGUCAAUUCUAAAUAUUCACAAUGGUUAUAUUCCUUGGUAUUGCCAUUUUAUUUGAAACUACCGAGCGUUGGAGCGAACCUAUUUAUACGAUAUUCCCCUUCCUCCCAACCCUUUUUCCCAAACCCCUAAUUUCGUUCGACGUGUUAUCUUCACGUUGAAAAUUUUAGUAAAGUUGAAAGAAAAAAAAACAAAAACAUUUAAAUUAACAUUGCAAUCACGUAUAGAGACAUAAACGAUAUCAAUGGAUUUUCACAAGUACGCAUUUUACAGGGUAGCAAAUUUUAUUAACAUAAAAACGAUAAAAAUAAAUAAAUCACGAGGAAAACGAAAAAAAAAGAGUAAAAAUAAACGCAAACAAAGCGAAAAAAAAGAAAAUAAACACAAACGUAGAUGAUAAGUCGCCGGGACGGAGGAAAAGCUGCUCUCCCCCCUUGUAUUAAUUCCCUCGCCCGUGCGCUGUCGAUGUACUAGAUUUAAGUAACAAAAUGAAAAACAAACAUUAUUGCGAAGCCGAAAAAUAAACAACACAACCACGUAAUUCGUACAUACAAUGUAUAUGUAUCGUUUUAAUUGUCCAUGCGAAUAAAGUGAACGAAAUACUAA